UUUGUUUUUUUUUUUAAUUGACAAAAUAGAUCAAAGUAAUAUUAAAUAACAUAGAAGGCAGAAGCACUAGAAAAGCAAACCAAUAGGUUCCAAAGAACGCAAACUGAAAUACCACAAAUACUGCUCAGGGAAGUGGGCCCAUUGUUACAGCUGUCACAGGCAAGCCAGAGGCUUCAGCAAAACUGAAAAGCAAUGUUUCUCUGUUGAUGAACUGAUAUUGCCAAUAUUUAUUAGCUCAGGGUACAAAGAUGGGUUUGGAGGUCAAUAAGUUCACUGCAAGUUGAAAGUGAUUGCUGUCUGGAAAACUUUCAGGAAAGUGAGGCCAGAUUCUGGCUCCACUUUUAUGUAUUUGGUUACAGUAAAGGGGCUGUAUUCAGCCCCUAAUUUCAGCCUUCCUAAUUUUACAGAGCAUAAUUUACUCAUAUCAUUAUUUCAGGAAUGAUCUUAGAAACUAGACAUUUUAUUACAAAUACUACUAAGUCUUCCACACCUCAUCCAUUGACUCAAUGUACUGGGACAGGGUUUCUAGCAUCUCCAAUUUAUCAGAGUAGGAGUGACAAUUGUAGUGAUUUAGCAAGGCAAUAAAAUGAAAUUAUAUCAGCAAUUGUUUGUGGAUCCAGAGUGCUCUCCUAGCUGCCUGCAGCUUGCUCUUCCCAGUUCUUCCUGCACAGUCCAAGAGGCGGUCUGAAUAGCUUUCAGUUGAUGGUCUAUCAAAAUUAGUAUUCAGAGAUUGCAGCUUGUAGCAAGCACAUUUAUAGUCAUAUGGGGAAGUGCAUGGCUUUACGGGAGCUCUCUAUUUGGAAUUGUGUCUGCCUUCAAAAAGACAUGUAUAUAGCACAAAAGAUGAAAAUGAAAGAACUCUGCUGUUUCCUUCUUGCUAACCUGGAUUUACCUGGGUGAGAUGAGUUUAACCUUUUUGUGUUAAAAGUGCUGAAUAUCAUAUGUCAUAAAGGGACAGGAAACUGCACUCUGUAAGAAUAACUGUAAUCUUUACAUUUCGUGCUUUGGGCUCUCUUUUCAGCAAUUUGAGCACCUUGAUUUGGAAGGAAAAAAAUAAAUUAAUUGCCAGUAGCUUUCUGACCUAUCUGACUUUGUACUAAAUGAAUUUGAAGCUCUACAAGGAAGGUGCUAAACAUUCUAAGCAGCUUUAUGUGUGUUAAAAUUUUGACCAUAGGCUGGUUAAUUUUCGCCUUCAUGCACGGAGAAAAAAAAAUUAAAUCCUUGGAUCUGUGAGGUGUCCAAUUUCUGUAGAGAAGAAAGUGUUACUUCCCCUUUAAGCCUGGCGCCGUUCGUGUGUGUGUGUGCAGUCCGUGUGUGUGAGUGUGUGUGUGUGUGUGUCUCCUCCUCUUUGAGUGACACAGCACUUAGAUAUGCCUAUCAGUAACUUAAACCCCACAAACUCCACCUUCUAAGUGAGGAAGCUGUGGGUUGAUGGAAAUGUAGUGAGCAGAUCGAGACAGACGGUGAAUCAUUAGCAAACUGCAACGCCAGGAUGAACUUGUCUGGAACCUAGAAGGAGAAAACAGGCUGCGAGUCCUCUGCGGUGCUGGGUUUGCUCAAUACAGCCAAAGUGGAUCUAAAAGCUGGUUGAUCCCCAGUCCAAGAUGCUGCUGGUUUCCCAGCGGGUAGAAGCACCACGGAUGGAGCCACAUAUUCCAGGCUGCCAGCAACAGAAGGGAAACUUUGCAGAAGUCUGUGCUUGUAUCACAGUCUCCUUUCCUUGUUCUGUACUAUCACUGCUAUUGCUCUACGCAGAAAAUGGAAGCCUUUGUCACUUAGAGGUUUCACUUUACAUCCUUGUCUUCUGGGCUCCCACGUCUGUCAGCUGUAACAGAGUGAUUUGAUUACUUUGUAGUGUUAAGCUAAGAGAAUAAAUCUGAGCAUCUUGGGAAUGGGGAGUCAAACCAACAAUCAAACCCAAACAAGUUAAUAAACAUGAAGCAUUUCUGCUCAGUGCUGCUGUAGAAAUGCUAGUUCCAGAAAUGCUUGGGGCAGCUGUGGUGAAGGCCCAGUCAAUUAGUUUACAGGGAUCCAUUAAAAGAAAACUGGAAGAUGAUAGCUCUCCUGCUUCCAAUGGCGUGCCUGAUGUCACUUUCCCAAAUGACAGUAAAAGACUUUGUCUUGAUGAUGUAAACCUCACCAUGGGCCAAGGUGCCAGUCCCAGCAUGGCAUGUCCAGAAAUGCAAAGUUCUUCAUUCUCCACUGGUCAUAGCACUUCUUCCCUGGGAGUCACAGGGCACCCAGUGCUCCUUGAAAACAAUCACAUGAAUGGUGGUGGCAUUGGCUCCCCAUUCACAGUGCCAUCCAACACAGAAAUAAAUCAGAAGGGGUCAAUAGGAGGGCAAACCAACAAUAUUGUCCAUUAUGAUGAGAAAGGAAACAGCUUACAGUCUGUGGACCAAGAGCUGCAAGAUCUAUUGGAAGAGCUGACCAAAAUGCCUGAUCCUUCUCCCAAUGACCUGGAUCUGGAGAAGAUUUUGUGCAGCAAAGCUGAAGAUCCUCUUGGUCUGAGUCAUUCCCAACCAAACAUAAGUACCACUCCAAAGUCCUCCCCACAGACUUCCCACCUGGAGAACCAUGUUGCUAACAAAGAUUUUUCUCCAGGCUGCAAUCCAGCCAGUGGAGGAUCCCCUCAGAUGAGACCAUCAUCUGCUGGAGCUAACUUCCAAGUUCCUCCCUCAAACAAACCUGCUGCAUCACCCAUCUCUACAGCAGCUCAGAACAAAAGCCAGCCUCCAUCGAUGCUCCCAGUACCCUUGCCCAACAUGCCUGGCUCCAACUGGCAUGCUCAGCAGCUAAAGCAGCUGGCAGCCAGCAAGCAGGUGUCUGGUACCAAGCAACAAGUACAGACUCCCAGCUGGACAACAUUGUCUCCUCCUGGUCUCUCUCCGCCUUACAGGGCAGGAUCAUCCCCACAUCAUCAACCUUUCAGUCCUCAAAAUGUUAUGGUGUCUGGCAUGCCUGCUAAUAAUUUACCAGGAAACAACAUUCAGAGUCCUCAAAACACUCUGCUUUCAAGCAUGACUUCCAGCAGCACCCCAUCCAAUGGCCCUUCUCCCCCUUACAGCUCUGAGAAGCUCUCCAGUCCAGCUCUGAGCCAGCAGCCCUUCAGUCCUCAGAGCUCCAUGCUACCUGCUCUGACAGCAGCCAGCUUGCCAGCCAGCAGCAUUAAAAGCCCACAGAACAACUUGGUUGCCAGCAUGGCCUCCACAAAUACUGGACCUUCUCCACCAUACAGGCCAGAAAAGCUGUCAAGCCCUGCUCUGCAUCAACAGCCCUUCAGUCCUCAAGGUACAUUAAUCUCUAACAUCACUUCCAGCAGCAACCCCACAAGUAUGCAGAACUCACUUUUUAAAUCAAACCAGACCAAAAAUAUGAACAUAAUUAUGCAACAGCCAUCCAGUAGCUUACAGCCAGGUCUGGUGAAUGAGAGCCCUGUUAGCCAAGACCAGUUUUCUUUCAACAACACCAAACCACUGUCUCACUUUGCUUCAGAGUCAGCUACUCAAAAAAUGUCCCCUCUGACAGCAGGACAAGGACAGCAGUCCCUCAUUCACUAUCUCCAGCAGCAGCAGCAGCAGCAGCAGCAGCAGCAACAGCAGCAGCAGCAGCAGCAGCAGCAGCAGCAGCAGCAGCAGCAGUCUUCAGCCACGCAGCAGUCCCAGCAGACCAACAACAGCCAGUUUCUCCAGCAGCAGUUCCGACAGCUGAUGCAGCCACAUCGGAUGCAGAGACAGAUGCAAGCUGCCACACUGCUAUCUCAAAGUAGACAGGAUCAAAAUCCUGGACUUGCUGCCAGAUUGCAGGAGCCAGGCUCCAUCCCAAGCAGUGGCUCUGUGCCGGCACCAGCCACGGUCAACGGGUACACAAUGAGAAACCAUUUACUGAAGCAGCAAAUAAUGAAACGGCAGCUGAUGCAGGAAAAGCAAAGACAAAACAUGCUGGGAGUAACAUCUGAACAGAGAAGCUUGUUUGUGGCUCAGCAGAUAAACCAGUUUCAAGCCGUGCAGCAGCCCAUUCCUGCUGACUGCAACCAGGUAAUCCCAGCUCCUCUGCCCAACCACCGCAUGCUGCCGUCAAACCCAGCAAUGCUCCAGAGCACUUUGGGCUCUGGCAUGGCCUCAGCCACUGCCAGCCAGAGCAGCGGGACAAUGGUGAUGAUUCCACACAACCCUGGCAAGCAGCAGGGGAUUUUUCCACCUAAUUCUGACUUUAACAUCCAGCUGCGGCCAAGCCAGAACUCACUAGGCAUGAACUCAGGGUGCCAAACUGUUCACUCCACUGUGAAGCCAGGAAUGCCAAUGGGAGGGUUCAGUUCUGGCUCCUUAGCAAAUCACUCUGCAGCACAGCAACACUUGAGGCAGCCAAGCGUGCCAAGAAUCCCCAAUGUCUACCCCAAUUCAUCUGCCCAGAUGUGGACACCAACUACUGUGCCAAGAAUGCCAAAUCAAAGCCAAAUGGAUACCAGCAUGCAGCAGUUUUCUGGGAGCACGGUGUUCUCCAAACAGAGCAUGAGGCCAAGCACACCAGGUCAGGCAUUCUCCCAGCAGGCUGUGGUGCCACCGAAUCAGAUCGCUCCCAGCAUCCAGGUCAGGCAGAUGCAGAAACUGAGCAUGGGACAGUCUGGCCAGAGCUUGAGCUCAAUGAAUAAUCAGAACUUGAGAAACAGUUUAACCAGGGGACCGUUGCCAACUAUGAAUGUUAUGAAAUCAGUCUCCCAAGGAGUGUCCAGUUUUAACCACCUCAAUCCUGCCCAAGGCCUCGGCCCAACAAGUUACCCUUCCACUGUCCAGCCCGACACCUUCAGCAGGAUGAGCACUGCCACUGAGCUGCCCCAGUAUGACUUUGUGUCCCAGCACAGCAAUUCCAUCAUGCCUGCCAACUGCAAUGACACUGACUUCCUCGACUCCCUCAUGAAGAACAGCAGCAGCAACGAUGAAGAGUGGUUGAACAAUCUGACAAUGAUAGAUGACAUUUUGGGACAGCACGCUCAAAGCUCUGGACACGUUUAGCUUGGAGAGAAGCAGCCUCAUUGUAAAUAACACACAUAUGGCUUUGAACAGAACAGAUACGUGAAAGCCACUGUGUUGUUCAAUACAGAGGGAAUAGACCCAGCCAAUUCUUUGCCUGCAUCAAAGUUUAAUAUUAGCAGUUUUUCAGAUGACUGUAUAUAUUUGAAUAUUUUGUAAAUUAUGUUUUCCUAAACGUUAAAUGUAGAAGUAUUUAUACGUCUUUGCUGGACUUCUUGUAAAUAAAUCUAGAGCAUAACUUUUGGUUUUAUUAUAGGGAUUUCAUUAUACCUUGUUAUAAAUAUGUAAAUAAUAUUGUUAGUUUCAGUAAUACUGUGUAUUACAGCAUAAAAUACUUAUGUUUUUGACAUAACUUAACACAUGAUCUAGGGGUGUCAUUGCAACCAGAUAAGCAGAAGUCAAAUGUGGCACCUAUUUUCCCGUAUCAAGAGGAAAGAUUGAAAAGUUGCAUUAAAAAAAAAUAAAGUCCCUAAAAGGAGCUGCUGAUUCCCUCAUUGCUUAGUAUUGAAGACAAAAAUUGUUGCAUAGGUCCUAUCCAGGCACCCAGUGCAUUCAGGGAGCUGCUUGCAGACAUCCAUUUGCCAGAUCCUGGGAAUGUUCUCAGCUUGAUAUGCUCCAGUAGGUUGCUGUGCCACUGACAACACGGCAGCGCUGUCCUGCAGGGAGUGUGUGCUUGUGACCGUCCAGCUGCUGGCAGGUGUGUGCCUGGGCUCACAGGUUCACCAUGGUGUGGCCCAUGGUGGCCACACUGGACAGGAGGUGCUGGGCAUGCACUUCCCAGCUUCCAGCCACUAGUCCCUUCAGCAAAAAGGUAGCUCUGGUUUGUGCACCUCUGCCAUGUGUAUUUGUAGUGUACAGGUGAUUUGUUCCUGGUUUUAAGGCUUUUCAUAAUUUCUGUUUUAAUGUAAGACUUUUUUCAGGGAAAAAGUCUAUAAACAUUAAUAGUUAUUUUUUGAUGUUUUUCUGCCAGCUACUAUUGUUCUCUGUAUAUUUAAGAGUCUGUUUAUAAAAAGGUUCACUGUACUAUAAACUUCUUAAAAUGUUCAUACUUUGUGUAAUCAUAUUUUAAUAGUCACAUCAUACUUCGCAAUACAUUUGUAAUAUAAUGUCCGCUUCAAGCACAGAGUGUUUUUUUCUUCAUACCAUAAUAAACUGCCAGGGGAAAAUUG